CCGACACCAUGCGAUUUUUGGUUCUCCUUGCAGGUUGCGUGGCCUUUUUGGCACUCAAUGCUCACGGUGAAGCUGGCUACAAAGGUGGUUACUACAACCGCGGCGGCUACAGUCGUGGCUACGACCACUACAACCGAGGAGACUAUUACAACCGGGUUGACCACAACAACCGCGACUACAAUAGGAACUACUACGGCGGAUACAACAGAGGAGCGUAUGGCGGAAGCUAUCCAGGAGCGCAUGGCGGUUACAAUACAGGAGCCUAUGGAGGAUACAAUCCGGGAGCGUAUGGCGGUUACAACCCAGGAUCGUACGGCGGUUACAGGGGCGGCUACAGCGGCAACUACUACCGUGGCUACGACAACCCCGCUUCCGGACGCUAUGACUACGGAAACCGAUACGGGUACAACCCGUAUUCGAGCUACCGUAACAGCCUAUUCGAUAACCGUUACGACAACUACAUGGGGAACAGAGGCUACGGACCAAUCAAUCGUCCCGGCAGUCCUUACAACACCUAUGGCUACGACUACACCCUACCUCACGGCCACGUCUACGGGUACCUUUCGUCCAGGUGGUGACGUUAAGGCUUCUAUGGUUUACGAAGAAUAAA